UCAGCGUCGGACCCAAGGGGUCUUUGGAGAUCCUAGAUGCUAAAAAAAUCCACACUCGCAUUGAGGCAUUUCCCUAAAUUCCCUGGCAGCGAGUCAACAAUCGAAUGGCAAGUUCAGGCCGAUAUCUGGACCAACAUACCACGAAUCGGAAACAGCUACGUCGGACAACUUGAUAUUGAUUACUCUCUGGCGUCUGUUCACGUUUAUUGUUAUAUGAUAUAUAAUCCUCCCUUCUGUCAUUCUCUGCAUGCUGGUGAUGAUAUCCUGUUCUUAACUUGUUUCCUUCUACAUCUCAUAUAAACGCCAAUUUGGUGAACACGAACAUCACAUGCUUGACGGCCUGCAAUAACCGCUGUGGAUCCAAACUUGGGUUACAACCAAGAGGUUGGCGAUGGAUGAGAUGACAGGAUGCGCUAUAAUACAUACCUACCUCGAGCUCUAAUCAACCACUCAUGUGUCUCGAAUAUAGAUCUUGCUCUCCAAAUGGAACAUACAUGUCACACUAUGUACAGUAUUCACUUGCUAUGGCAAAAGCAAUAACGGUCGCACCUCCUCAGUUAGACAUACGUGCCAAACAGUUCGUGAUGUUGACUAUGUUUACACGCGGAAGGGGCUCACCACACAAUCGCCCCGCAUUGUCGGUGAUAUCGACCCCACCUGAACUUAAGCUCUCCUGAAUGGCUCUUCGUUCGAGAUUCACCACUGCAACAACUUAGCAUUGUGCCUGACCAUCAUCCCAAUCAACAACUUCCACUUGGCACAUCCAACAACACAUCCUCGUGAGCCUUCUUACGUGUAUUUCAUCUCCAGUUGUUGUUACACCACCACAACCUUGCACCAUCGCAUCGUCAACGCCGAGAUUGAACCCCCUUUCCGCCCCUCACUUGCUCUCUCAACAAACACCAAAGACAGCCAUCUUUAUAGACAGCAACAUGGCUUUGGCCGUCUCGGCUCCCGGCAAGGUCCUCCUUGCAGGUGGAUAUCUAGUCCUCGACCGCAACUACACCGGCCUCGUCUUUGGUCUCAGCGCCCGCAUCAACGUCAUCUCCCGGGACAUCCAGGCCAGCCCCGGGGUUCAUAUUAACGAGAUCAUUGUCAGGAGCCCUCAGUUCCUGAAAGCCGAAUGGCGCUACGGCUACCACCUGGCCGAUGAAGACGGCGGCAUCAAGACGAUCCAGCUACAGGGAGGCGCUUCUGCCUCGGCCAAGGGCAACCCCUUCGUCGAGACUACGCUCAACUAUGCGCUCACCUACAUCACCCGCCGCGCCGCCUACGGGACUACGCAAACUUUGAAGCCCGUCACCCUCACCAUCCUCGCCGAUAACGACUAUUACAGCUCGCCCACCAACAACAGCAACGCCGCCGCCGGAAAAGGCAGCGGUGGCAGUCGCUUCGCCGCCUACUCCACCACCCUGGAAGACGCGCACAAGACGGGCCUCGGCUCCUCUGCCGCCCUCGUCACCGCCCUGACCGCCUCCCUGCUUUCUCACUACCUAGACCCUUCCCUCUUCGACCUCGCCACCGACGAGGGCAAGCGCAUCCUGCACAAUCUCGCGCAAGCAGCUCACUGCGCCGCGCAGGGUAAAGUCGGCAGCGGGUUUGAUGUGGCUGCCGCCGUCUACGGGUCCAGCCACUACCGCCGCUUUUCGCCUUCCAUUUUGUCGUCUCUGCCCGAGGCGGGCAAGCCUGGUUUUUCCGCCAAGCUGUUCAGCGUUGUGAAUGGUAAGGAUGCUGAGUCUCAAUGGGACACCGAGGUGGUGAAAGAUGCUGUAAGCCUGCCCAAGGGCGUGGCGGUGCGCAUGUGCGAUGUCGACUGCGGCAGCCAGACGGUCGGCAUGGUCAAGCAGGUGCUUGCGUGGCGGGCGGCCCAGCCCAAGGAGGCCAAGGAGCUCUGGGAUGAGUUACAGCGCAGGAACGAGAAAUUGGCCAGCGUGUUGAAGGAGGGCAAGACGGAGGAGAUCAGGCCGGCGGUGCACGCUAUUCGCGAGCUGGUGAGGAAGAUGGGCACGGAAAGCGGGGUACCGAUCGAGCCGGAUAGUCAGAAGGAGUUGUUGGAUGCGCUGGAGGAAGGGGUGGAAGGUGUCUAUGGGGGUGUGGUACCGGGUGCGGGAGGCUAUGAUGCCCUGGCGUUGCUGGUAAGGGAUGAUGAGGAGACAACGAAGAGGUUGGAGGAGUUUUUGAACGGGUGGAGCAAGAAGAAGGGAGGCAAGGUAAGGUUGAUGGAGGUGAGUGGGGAGAUGGAGGGCGCGAGGAAGGAGAAUUUGUUGAAGUAUCAGGGGUGGGUUUAGAAACUUUUAUUUCUUUUACGAUGAAAGCUUGAGCAUGUGAGCGGGAGAGCGGGUGCUACAGCGUUGGGUAGAAACCUCCUCUGGCGAAUUGCGAUAUAGCGAGUUUAGAUAGUCCUUUUGAGUAACUACCAGAUAAUCAUAGUAUAUAGUUCAACCGUAUUCUCUUUUCUUGCCUG